AGAUGUGCAUGUUUGUCAGUCGACUGUCCGUGUCGUCGUUCAGGCCGUCGUUAAAGACAAUGUGUGUGUGUGUGUGUGUGUGUGUGUGAGUGAGUGAGUGAGAGAGAGAGAGAGAGAGAGCUCUUCUCACCUGCUCAUUGUUUACACAUUAUUAUUUGUAAUGUCUGUAAUAUUCCAGGAUGUCAGCUUAAUAAGUCUGUUCAGGUCAUUCAUAUUUGUAGGUGAUAUGCUGCAAAAUAUAUUGAGCUGUGAAUUAAAAAAUUGUUGUUGUUUUUUUUUUUUUAACAGUUACAUUUAUAUAGUGCUUUUCUAGACACACAAAGUGCUAUACAUAGUGGGGGGGGAUCUCAUUUUUAAAUGCAUAUGACCUGUAUAAGCUCGUCUGAUGAAGACAUGUUGAUUGCUGACGAAUUGUACUUUACAGAGCCAGACCAAGCUUCUGUAUGUACACCAUGAUGGCCUGUAGAGGCUUUUUCCAAUCUGUCAUGAACUGAAAUGGCAGUCUGUGGGAAUCAUUUUCACAGCUCAGAGCUACAUGUCCAGUUCUGUGCAUUUACAGAUGGCGAAGGCAGAUCAACGUUUCGGACAAAGAGAUGGCUCCGACCAGAACUUUGACUACAUGUUCAAGCUCCUCAUUAUAGGCAACAGCAGUGUGGGCAAAACCAGCUUUCUAUUCCGAUAUGCAGACGACUCGUUCAGCAACUCGUUUGUCAGCACCGUUGGCAUUGACUUCAAAGUAAAAACAGUUUACCGCAAUGACAAGAGGGUCAAACUCCAAAUUUGGGAUACAGCAGGUCAGGAGCGUUACAGGACCAUCACCACAGCUUACUACAGAGGAGCAAUGGGCUUCAUUCUCAUGUAUGACAUCACCAACGAGGAGUCAUUCAAUGCAGUACAGGAUUGGGCAACCCAGAUUAAGACCUACUCAUGGGACAAUGCUCAGGUUAUUUUAGUGGGAAAUAAAUGUGACAUGGCUGAUGAGAGAGUGAUACCUGUGGAGAAAGGCAAGCACUUGGCUGAUCAACUAGGCUUUGAGUACUAUGAGGUGAGCGCCAAGGAAAACAUCAAUGUCAGGCAGGUGUUCGAGCGCCUGGUGGACAUCAUCUGUGUGAAGAUGUCUGAGCGGGUGGACACAGACCCGUCCAUGAUCAGUGGAGCCAAGACCACUCGGCUUACUGACAAGCCGGCGCAGCUACCUCAGAAUUGCUGCUGAUUUAGCCCAUUUACUCUGAUGUCACGUGCUAGACUACUGUGCUGAUCCUGUCUUUUCAUCUGCUUUCCAUUUUCAUCAACAUAGACUUUUUUUUUUAUUCCUUACAUGUAGUAGUGUUAUAUAUAUAUAGUUCACUGUUAAUGCUAUACUGUCACUUUAAGCACACCUCUAACUAAGGGUCAGAGUUAGGUCAAAGCAGGGACUCCAGCAAAGCACAAAAAAGCACAUGCUCACUGCCAGACACAGAUAUCUCACAUGAGUAAAUCAGACCUCAACAGGUGUAUUAUUCUAGCAUAAUCGGUGCUUUAAAGAUCACCUAACACUAUCUCUCUGCUUCUUUGCAACUGUUGCUCAGUGAAAGAGCACAAGUGUGACCUAAACUCAGACAACUGCAGAGUGUCCAUAACAGUUAUAUAUUAUGCACAAUAAUGGUCUGCUGUUUCAGGGUGGUUUUGAUGUUCUGUUGUUUUUUUUUUUUAACUUGGCGGAACCACUGGAUGGUUGGUUAUUAUAAAGUUAUUUCACUGCCAAAAGUCAAGAGCACAAUAGUUUUGAUCUGUCAUCAAGAUUCCUUUCACUCUUGCUCAUAUUUAUUUUGCUGUCAUACCAAAAUAAAUGUCCAGGCUCAAAUCUGUCCUGCUUGGCUGAGUGGAGCAACACAAAAGCACUCACCCUACAUCAGGAGAUUGUGAGUUCAGAUGUAUGUACAAAGCCAUGACCAUCCAUGGUCGGGAGUCUUAACAGACCAUGAAUGACCUUCUUGUUAUCAGUUGUGGGCAUCUGUGAGCUCAUGUAUGCAGAAAACGGCAGAUACCUUGUUUCCUCCGAGGGUGUUCAGCUGCCAUGUGAGAGAGCAUGAGCAGCAGUUUGAAAAACAUGUAAUGGCUACACAUGUCUCAGACGAUGCACAUGCAAGUCUUCACCCUCAUUGUGUAAAUAUUAAAAAGGGGCGGGGGGGUCACAUUUAGGAAGUAUGAAACAAUGUCAUCCUGCCCAUUCUCAUACGUUUUUAUUCUCACAUAGCUAGGUUUCCUUUCCGUUGUACAUCAUGUUUUAGUGUCUGUGAACAUUUAAUGCUCGUCGAUAUUUAUAACGGACCACUCCAUCUGCUCGGCGUCAGCAAUAUGGUGUCAGAAUGGGAGGAGCUUAUCUUGAUUUCCUCCUACUAUUAAAAUUGUAGUGAAGACCAUCAGCUGAAACCCAUUCUGACUGGCUGACGACUUUGGGCAGUGUUGUUGCACCAAAGCAUGACCUAAACGGGUGAGCACAAAAAGUGUAAGUGAGCCAGAUAAAUUUAACAUGUACGCAUGUAUUAUUGUAUGAAAGUUGAAGUAUCCUUCGUAAUCAUUGCGUGUCCUACUAACGGCUACAAAAGCUAAUGCGCUCCCCAUUUUUGGCAAUAAAAUAACACCAUAGGUUCCUUUGAAUACCUAUAAUGGGCACAAUAUAAUAUGUGUUUUUGGACAUACGGAGCACUUUGCAAAUGUUCAAUAUAUCAUGAUAUAUCAAAGGUAGUUUAGAACUUGCAUGAAUCAAGCCGAGUAGCCUACAAAUAGUCUUACAAAACAAAAAUCAAAUCCCUACAUGUUCUCUUGCAUAAAAGUGAGUAUUUUCUUGUGGAAUAUAUAUAACUAUAUAUUUGAAUGUUUUGUGUGUGUGUGCGUG